GCUCUUCGACCAAUCAGAAGGCGCCAUGGAAUAAGGCGGCUGGUUCUGAUUUGGUGCGGUUCGAGGGGGGCGAAGCAUAUUAAGACAGGCGUUCCCGGCUCCUCGAGUAGCUGUGACUGGCAGCCAAACCGAAGACAUGUGUGGAAUCUUUGCCUAUCUCAACUACCAGGUGCCAAGGACUCGCCGUGAUAUCCUUGAGAUCCUCCUCAAAGGUCUGCGUCGUCUGGAGUACAGAGGCUAUGACUCAGCAGGUGUGGGAAUUGACGGGGGUAACGGCAAGGAGUGGGAGUCAAAUGCCAAGUCUAUCCAACUGAUCAAGCAAAGUGGAAAAGUGAAGGCUCUUGAUGAUGAGAUCCACAAACAGCAGGACAUCGACCUGGAUGUGGAGUUUGAUGUUCACCUUGGCAUCGCUCACACCCGCUGGGCCACCCACGGUGCACCAAGCCCAGUCAACAGCCAUCCACACAGAUCUGACAAGAGCAAUGAGUUCAUUGUCAUUCACAAUGGAAUUAUCACCAACUAUAAAGACCUGAGGAAAUUCCUGGAGAGCAAAGGCUAUGACUUUGAGUCAGAGACCGACACAGAGUCCAUUGCCAAGCUGGUGAAGUACAUGUUUGACAACCGCGAGAGCGACGACAUCAGUUUUACCACACUGGUGGAACGGGUGAUCCAGCAGCUGGAGGGAGCUUUUGCCCUGGUUUUCAAGAGUGUCCACUAUCCUGGAGAGGCAGUUUGCACAAGGAGAGGAAGUCCACUGCUGAUUGGAGUGCGGAGUGAUCACAAAUUGUCUUCAGAUCAUAUUCCUGUGCUCUAUCGCUCCUCUACUAAAGACAAGAAGAGCUGCAGUGGCCUACCCAGGACAGACCAGGACACAUGCCUGUUUCCUGUGGAGGAGAAAGCUGUGGAGUACUACUUUGCCUCAGAUGCAAGCGCAGUGAUCGAGCACACGAACCGUGUGAUCUUCCUGGAGGAUGACGAUGUGGCUGCCGUGAUGGAGGGCCGGCUGUCCAUCCACAGGAUGAAGCGCAGGGCUGGAGACUACCCAGCCCGUGCCAUCCAGACCUUGCAGAUGGAACUGCAGCAGAUCAUGAAGGGCAACUACAGCACCUUCAUGCAGAAGGAGAUAUUCGAGCAGCCAGAGUCUGUGGUCAACACCAUGAGAGGGAGAGUCAACUUCGACGACAACACAGUGACACUGGGUGGACUGAAAGACCACAUCAAAGAGAUCCAGAGGUGUCGGCGACUUAUUCUCAUUGCCUGUGGCACCAGCUACCAUGCCGGAGUAGCGACCCGCCAGGUCCUGGAGGAACUAACCGAGCUGCCUGUCAUGGUGGAGCUGGCCAGUGACUUCUUGGACAGGAACACACCCGUCUUCCGAGAUGAUGUCUGCUUUUUUAUCAGCCAGUCAGGGGAGACUGCUGACAGCCUUUUGGCCCUGCGCUACUGUAAGGAGAGAGGGGCUCUGACUGUGGGUGUCACCAACACAGUGGGCAGCUCCAUCUCCAGGGAAACCGACUGCGGAGUCCACAUCAACGCUGGGCCGGAGAUCGGAGUAGCUAGUACCAAGGCCUACACCAGCCAGUUUGUGGCCCUGAUCAUGUUUGCCCUGUUGAUGUGCGAUGACAGGAUUUCAAUGCAGCCCAGACGCCGUGAGAUAAUCCAGGGCCUGAGAGUCCUUCCAGAUCUGAUUAAGGAGAUCCUGGCUUUGGAUGAUGAGAUCCAGAAGUUGGCAGUUGAGUUGUACCAGCAGAAGAGUGUCCUGAUCAUGGGCAGAGGCUACCAUUACGCUACCUGCCUGGAAGGAGCACUGAAAAUCAAGGAGAUCACAUACAUGCAUUCAGAGGGUAUCCUGGCCGGAGAGCUGAAACACGGUCCGCUGGCCCUGGUGGAUAAACUCAUGCCGGUCAUCAUGAUCAUAAUGAGAGACCUCACUUACAUCAAAUGUCAGAACGCCCUGCAGCAAGUCGUCGCCCGCCAGGGCCGUCCUAUUGUGAUCUGUGACAAAGAUGAUUACGAGACCAUCAAGAACUCCAGCCGCACCAUCAAAGUGCCUCACUGUGUGGACUGCCUGCAGGGCAUCUUGAGCGUCAUACCUCUGCAGAUGCUGUCCUUCCACCUGGCUGUCCUCAGAGGAUACGACGUGGACUGUCCAAGAAACCUGGCCAAGUCUGUGACAGUAGAGUGAAGUGCACCAUUGAUCACCUAACAGCAGAAGCCUGGCAGACACAUACGGGGAUGGAGCGCGUGUGCAGAAACCAAGAGAAGACAACGUCCCGUUUGUGUCUCGUGUCAGGGCUCUUUUAAAUGCAAUGUAUUUCCUCUACAUUCGUACAUCAUCUCUCUGCAUAUUAUCGAUAUCUCACUGUCUAAUUUUCUCAGAAAUGUUUGGCAUCAUUGUCAUAUUGAAGUUGUUGUUUUUUUCGUCCAUGGCGGCAGGGUCUGGGCUGGCACUGGUAUAUCUUCAUCACUGUUUUGGGUUGUGGGAGUCUAUAGUAACUGACAGCGAUCAUUUGGGUUUAUUCACAUUCGUGCUCAAAACAUUUGAGCGAGUGCUCCAUGUGUAUUUGCCCUGAUUGGCCUCUGUGGGAGCUGCUGUACAAAAAAAAAAAAAAGUUUACUGACAGAAGUUCGGUUUUAAAGACCUCUUUUACUGGCUCUGUUUUCAAUAGUGCAAUGAUUUGUAGAUAAGUUGAUGUUUUUCGUUGGCAGCUACUCAUAAUGAAGUGUCUUUACUCCACUGAGGAAGUAAACAACAGUCUUAAAUCAUUCCAAACCACCGGCCAUCGCUUCUUCAUAAUUACAGUUUUUAAUAAUUAGCAUUUUUUGUCCACCUCUGACUCCUGGACCUUUUUUUUCUGAGCAUGUACAACUUACUGCAGGAGCAGCGUCAUAAGUCAAACCACAGAAAAGUGAAUGAAUACAAGCUGCAACAGUUAAUCGAGUUGUCGAUUAAUCGGUUCAUGUAGUUUUUAUGGUAAAAAUAAAAAAUAUAUAUAUAUAUUUUCUGGUUUCUUUGCUCCUGUGACAUUAAACUAAAUAUCUUUGGUGAAUGGACAAAACAAAACAUCAUGGGGUUCAUCUUGAGGUUUUGGGAAACACGAUCGAUAUUUUUCACCAAACCAAACAACUCAACCAUUUAUCGAGAAAGUAAUCGACAGAUUAAUUGAUUAUGAAAAUAAUUGAAAAUAAUACAGAAUUGUGUAGAAAUCUUCUUGAGUAGGUAACAAAGGCUUGUUCUUUGUUUAAAUCUUGUCUCAAACUAACGCUUUGGGUCUGUUCUAUUUGUUUACCAAGCCACCAACUUUACACCAGAGUGAGUUGUUUUGUUGUUCUGCUUUCACUAUUUAGUGUACAAGAUAGAAUUUUGAUACUGUAAAGCUUUUGUGUGCUCAGCAUUUCUUGUAUUGACUUCUGUUGCUUAACUGCUUGAAAGAGAAAUCUUAUUGCUCAUUUCCUGGUCUGCUGUUUGCACUUAAUUUAAAAAACUGAAUUACAGUGUAAUGAAGUUGCACCAAGUUGCCAGCCCACACCCGACCAUGACUGCUGAAAUAUGGGACCAUUUGUAGCUAUUGCUUGAUUCUUUUGUUUCAUUUUCAUUUGGAGAAAAAAAAAGUUAUAUUUUACAGUAUUGAAAUUACUCUUUUGAUUUGAAAUAUGAAUGUUAGUCUUUUGAGAUGUCCUGUCAAACCCCAAAUCUGUACAAUGGAUUUGGCAGUUGUAAACCAAAACAUCUAUAUUCUAUAUGUUCUUGUAGCCACACAUGUUCUAACGCUUAUAGAUUGAAGUAAUUGGGUUUAUAUGCGGUCACAUGGCAGUACUGUUGAUGUUUAUUUAGACGGAUAUCAGCUGUGUGUAUGUGAUCCCAAAUGUAUUUAGGAACUCAAGAAAAGAGUGAUGUGUGUACACAAAGUUGUGUAUAAUGAAGUAAUGGGAACUGCUUUUGGUUUUUUCCCCCCAAAGAUAUUCAUCUUGCUUUUGCAAUCAAGACUUAAUGGAUUUUUUUUUGCAAUUUCUUUCCUCUGACAUUGAGCUGUCACCGAGCCAGUUGAAGGGUUUGAAAACUGGACAAUGCUGUUACAGGUACUUUUGUAAGUCACGUACAUAUGAAUCAGAUUUCUGGAGACACUGAUAACGAAUUCUACACUGAAUCUUUGCGACAUCCGUUUGGGUUCCUGGGGUAGUCGGGCACUAUUGAUUAGUGGAACUGAUGCAAUAAAGUGUCAAAUACUU